UUCAAUCUUUUUUAUUUUCAGAUUACAAAACCUUUGGCCUUGAUUUAGCUCCAUAGACCUUUCCCUGUUCAACUUCAAACACAAAGAUUUUUGACCCACAGGAAGUAUACAGCAGCCUGAACUCUGCAAUUUUCUCAGCAGAGUUACUGUAAAUCACUUUACAGCAGUCAGCAUUCCCAGAAAAUGUAUUUGUUGACAUCUUUGGCUUCUGUGCAUGCUGAUCAGAUGUGAGCAGAUUUGUAUUUUUAAAGUCAACUGCUGCUGCUGCUUGUGAUUAAUCCCACCACCAACAUGUAGCCAAGCUCAAAGCCUGGAAACCCAGAAAUGACAGAGUAUAAGGCAAACCAGGAAUGAUGGUAAUCUUGGGGGUCCCACAUGUUGGUCCUGCAAAUUCAGAAAAGCGAUUCUUCAUAAAGAAUCCUUUGUUUUGUUCAUUUCUUUUCCGAAUCAUUUCAGUUGCCUCCAUUUAUUUGAAUUGAACACGUGCCAGGUGUUUACCAUACUGGGUAAUCACUGCCAGCUGACUCUAAACGUGGAAUUAAUUCAGUGUUUCAUGGCUAUUGCUUUCUAGAUUGGCAUACAGGCUUCUAGUGUAUUUAUCUGUGUAGAAAGCUUUUACAUACUUUCGAAAGGAGAGAUGCGAGAAUGCCUGAGGGAUAUAAGCUACAGGGGACUUUAUUAUAUGUUCGUGUUGCGCAUUCCACAGACACUGGGACGGGAGAGGGGGAGGCUGCUAUUGCUUGGACUCCCAAGGUCUCUGCUCACUAGCAAAUCAGAAUAAUGAACAAACAAUGUUUGGGAACAAGCGAGGAGGGAGAGAGUGGGAAAGACAUCAAAGGGAAAGGCUGCAAAGCUUUGUUUUCUUUUUCCUUCUCCCCUUCUCAGCGAGGCAGAAGAGGCUUUCAGAGUUGACUCUGGUCGAGAUGAGUGUGCAAUUGACCGGGAAAGUGCCUGUGGAAAAGGACUGUCUAAUGAAAAGAUUGCUAUGGUGGCAUUGGGAGCGAGAAUAAUGUGGGUGAGGGCCAGAUGUGGAGGGGCUACGCUGACGUUUAUGGGGCUAAACCUCCAGUGUGACUCAGAUUGACUACAGACUGUAAUCUGCACAAUCCUCGUGACCUCUUCCACUCUUGCGCUUUUUUGCCUCUCUCUCUUUUUCACACAAGGUCGCUGUUGGGUGACUAAAAGCUUGCCGGUAUGUGUUGACCACGUGUUGGCUUUAUUUCACUCCGGAACUGCUCAUGUGGAAAAGGUAGUCUAGGUCAAGGAAAGGGGGAGUCUGGAGGAGUAGAUGGUAACACCCCCCACCCCGAUAUGAAUGUAUUCUGCUUCAAAUAUUCAGGACUUAAGAUGCUCGUUCACCCAAAUACCAUUCUCUGCACUUGUCAGUGUAGUUUUAGCUCUGGGGCCACUGCAGGUCACGGUCUCCCUCCUUAUCCUCAUUGGUUACAGGGUCUUCCAAAUGGGGCUUGCUGGUUGGUUGGCCCAUCAUUCUACUAUUUUUGUGGGGAUUAUGCUCCACUGAUUGGGCACGCUCCCAAACCCCCACAUCUGGUAAAGAGACUGAAGUGAAGAGAGGGGUAGAGCGAGGGAAAGAAGCAGGAAGAGAGGUGGGAGGGUAAAAGGAGGAGGAGCAUCGUCUUCCCUACUGUCUCGCUUGGCAUUUUAGUUAUCAAGUUUCGCUCAUCUUAAGCACAUGUGUGCGUGUCUGUGAACCUAGCUUGAGUGUUGUGGAGGACACUGCUGAUUUGGCUGAUAUUCUGUUUUGUCCACCAAGGAUUAUGGAAUAACUAGUUAGCUAGUUUAAAAAAUAAAAGGAGGAGGACAGAUGACAUUUCUUUAACUGAAUUAUGCACACGCACAUAUGGAUUUUGUUUUCUCUGCCCUUGGCAGUUGAAGAAUGCCAUCUCUUAAGGAGAUUGGAUCCUUGAUCGGAGGGCAAGGAGCCGUUUUGGACUGAGCGUACGAUCAUCCGCAGCCUUUUGCCCUUUGGGGAUCUUCUACUAUUGUUCCCCUCUAUAGUGAGAUCAAAGGAAACCACUGCAGCUUCAUAGGAAACCAACAUGGAACCAGAGACUGAAAAUGGAAGCGCCAUGUUUGAAUGAAUGCUGGACUUGUGUUGCAAUGGCAAAAAUUUAUCAUCAUGGUUUAUUAGGUUUAUUUCUGUCGUAUUGAAUAUUCACAUACAAGUGAUUAAUACAACAGGCACGUGACAUCAUAUGCCCUUAAAACCUGCAGAAUGGAUGUGAUGGCAUCUUGUUGGAGGGGGCAGGAGGAGCAGGCUGCCAAACUGAAAGCGGAGAAGAUUAGAGUUGCCUUGGAAAAAAUCAAGGAGGCACAGGUUAAAAAGUUGGUCAUUAGGGUCCACAUGUCGGAUGAGAGCUCUAAGACCAUGAUGGUGGAUGAGCGGCAGACAGUCAGGCAGGUGCUGGACAGCCUGCUGGAUAAGUCUCACUGUGGCUACAGCCCUGAUUGGUCUCUAGUGGAGACCAUCACAGAACUCCAGAUGGAACGUAUUUUUGAGGAUCAUGAGAACCUGGUGGAGAAUCUCUUAAACUGGACCCGGGACAGCCAUAACAAGCUGAUGUUCAUUGAACGCAUCGAGAAGUACGCGCUUUUCAAGAACCCUCAGAACUACUUGUUGGGGCGGAAGGAGACAUCAGAGAUGGCCGACAGGAAUAAAGAGGCUUUAUUGGAGGACUGUUUCUGUGGGGGCUCGGUAUCUGUGCCAGAGAUCGAGGGGGUACUGUGGCUGAAGGAGGAUGGGAAGAAGUCCUGGAAGAAACGCUACUUUCUCCUCAGGGCUUCAGGAAUCUAUUAUGUCCCCAAAGGCAAAGCCAAGGCUUCCAGAGACCUUGUGUGCUUCUUGCAGUUGGAUCAUGUUAACGUGUAUUACGGUCAGGACUACCGCAGCAAAUACAAGUCUCCAACUGACUACUGCCUGGCCCUCAAGCACCCUCAAAUCCAGAAGAAGUCACAGUAUAUCAAAUACCUCUGCUGUGAUGAUGUCAGGACCCUGCACCAAUGGGUGAAUGGAAUUCGGAUUGCCAAGUAUGGAAAGCAGCUGUACGCAAACUACCAGGAAGCCAUGAAGAGAACGGAGGCAGCCUACGAUUGGUCCUCUCUCUCUACUUCCAGCAUCCGAUCAGGCUCCAGCUCUGCCAGCAUACCUGAGUCCCAGUCGAAUCAUUCAGGCCAUUCAGACAGUGGGGUGGACACAAGCUCUUCUCAUGGGAGAUCCCAGAGUGUGGUGAGCUCCAUUUUCUCUGAGGCCUGGAAGAGGGGUACUCAGAUUGAGGAAAACUCAAAGAUGAGAAUGGAGACAUCCAGAGGUUCUACACUAUCCCAUGGUUCACACACUCAUCGACAUCACAGCCAGCAUUCAGCUGAGCACCCAGCAGUGAUGCCACCACCUCAGACCCACCCCCAACCUCAUCAGCAUCCACCCAUGCACCCCCAGACACCAACUACACCGCAGCACCUGCCCCCCCAGCCUCAGUCUCCGCAACAGGCACCACAGCCACCGACCCAGUCGCCUCAGCGCCCUCAGCAACCACCACAGUUGCCUCAACAGCAGCAACAGCCGCAGACCAUUGACUGUUACAACCAUGUCCCACCAGAGGAGAAACAACAGGUUCCUCCAACUCCACCUCCACCUCCUCCUCCUCCUCUACCACCACCUCCUCUUCCUUCCCAACCCCUUAUUGAAUGUGUGCCAAAGUACUCACCAACUGUGCACAUGUAUAAGUACAGUACAAUAACCAGGCUGUACAAACAGAACGCCUCCCAGGGAGCCAAUCACUACAAGCUGCCCAAUUAUCUUGGUGCAAAGGUUCAGCAGUCCCAUGGUCCAACACCUUCAGCAGCUCACACGUCAGGCAAGACCAAUGUCAAUCACAUUGCUGCAAGGACUACUGUCCCGCCUCCUCCACCACCUCCUCCACCUCAAAAUCCCACUUCAAUGUCGAUGCUGACUCCAGUUUCAGCCAUGGCAGCUUUGAAGUUUGGAACACCAAGCCCAGCUGUUUUACCGGCCAUUAGCCUUCCACCUCCAAUACCGCCAGCUGAUCCACAGACCAAUGAAAUGGCUUUUCCUCCCCCUCCUCCGCCGCCACCGCCUCCUCCCACUGAACCGGUUCCAAUGUCAGGUUUGUGUCGACCCAUUUACCCUAAUGAGCUAAAGCAUGCACUUAAGGAGAGGUUUCCUAGCCCACCACGGGACCUCCCAUCUUCAAAUGAAGGCCUUGAAGAGCCCCCACCACAUGUUCCCGCUCCACCACUGCCUCCUCCUCCUCCCCCCCCACCUCCAACCCCUCAGCAGUUUCCAGUCCCAGCCCAGUUUCCACCUCCUCCUGCACCUCCACCAGCACCACCUAAAACCUUUACCCUAGGCUUUAUUCCUCACACCACCGGAAAACCUGUGUCACCUGUCUCUCCGUUCCCACCUGCCCCACCUUCUGCAGUUCUGAGUGGUCCAGCCCCACCGCCGCCGCCACCACCACCACCCCCUCCUGCACCUGCACCUCUCAAAAAGCAAUUCAGCCUACAGACUGGCCACACAUCUGUUCAGCCUCCUCCAACUCUGCUCAAGCAGCAGAGCCUGUCUAAGCCAACAUCUGUUUCAACAGGAGCUCCUGCGUCCGCAUCUUCAGUGAAGCAAAUAGCCAGUAAGUUUCCAGGAGCUUCGCUCCAAGUAGUCAGUCAUACAGAGAGUCCCAAAGUGCCCCUCUCCCCACCUGCAGUCAAGACCAAACCAAAAUGGCAGCCUGGAGGAGUCCAGCAGCUGCAGUCUCCAGAGUUCCCACCACCUCCUUCAGAUGGCAGCACUGGUUUCCCUGCUCCUCCACCUCCUCCACCACCACUCCCUGUCACAGGGCCCACCCCUCCACCACCGCCUCUCCCUCCUGUAAAUCUAGGCUCAUCCAUUAACAGGUCGCCACCUGGUUCCUCCAGUCUGGAAGGUAAAAAGCCUCCUCCCACUCCUCAGAGGAACUCCAGCAUCAAGUCCAAUGCCUCGCCUUUCUACCAGGAAUCCAGGAGAAACCUUCUCAGUAAGUUUGCUCCUCAGACCAACACUUCUCCAGCCUCCUCAUGCUCUGUCUCUUCAUCCAAAGGAUCUCCCUCCAAGGAUUUCUCCAAUGGGCCUCCUGCGCCCCCAAAACCAGGCAAGCUCAACCUGGCCAACCUACCCUUGGCACUCCAAGCCAAAGUGAAUCAAGUGAAGCAGUCCGGUGGCGACUUCCCUUCUCCACCACCUGAAUGCACCUACUUCCCCCCACCUCCUCCAGCCUCAGAGCUUCUCCCCCCUCCACCGCCUCCUGGUAGUGACAACCACAGUGGACCACCUCGGGUUGCUGUGGUUAACCCACAGCCCCAGGCACCCCCUCCUCCCCCUCCUCCACCUGUCCCGCUCAUCAGCAACUCUUCCUGGGGAAAGGGUUCUCUGAAGAAGACUCCACCACCCACACUUGCACGGCGUAAUAACACCACCGCAGAGCCUCCACCACUCUCGCCACCACACCAACUCCCUCCACCCACAUCCCCAAAGGACAGUUCAGGCCAGCCCAACUUCCUGGAAGAUCUCCACCGGACCCUGAAGCGUAAAUCAGUAGGCCGGCAGGGUUCCUUAAACUCUUCUGGCCUUUCUGGCAAGCUGGACCCUAUUGGAACUAUGGACGACAUGGCACUGCCGCCACCACCCCCAGAGCUCCUCUUGGACCAGGAAAAUCAGAGCAAUGGAGGAAAUGGUGCCUACAUGUCUGGAAACAUCUCAGGCUAUGCAACACUACGACGGGGACCACCGCCUGCACCACCCAAACGAGGAGACGCCACCAAACUUACUGGAUAGUGCUGAAAUUACUGGCGGUCCAGACGCAGUGAUGGACAAUGAAAGAACAUAUGGAAAUGACCAUUCAUUAGUGAAACUGAAACUCUUUUUGAAUUUCUGUUCUCUGGGAUUAUGAUGCUUAAUAAAUGACUUUGUAUAUACUGAAUGCCAAACCAGACAUGAUCAGUUAGUGUUUACAAAAUACUGCUUGGCCUUCUGCAUCAGUGGGGUUUACUUACAUUUGGACUGGAGCAAGUUUGGCAUCACAGAAAAGUAAAUUAAAUUUUCCUGUGAUUGUUGGCGGUAUCUUGUAUUGUAUGGUAAUGCCCACUCAUCUGGUACACCAAGCAGGACGAAAUAAACACUAAUACGCUUUCAGCAAAUGUUACUGGAUCCACGUCUGAGCCAAACCAUGCCCCCACUUGUUUGCCGUAACUUCACGCCACAAAUUGGAGACAGAAAAGGGAAAAACUCAUCAGGAUUUUUCCACUUUGAUACUGCAUGGACCUCAUGUAGCUACAAACUGUAAAACAUGAAGCUUGGGUGUGUGUGUGUGUGUGUGUGCGGGGCAGAUUGUGUGCACACAAUAUGUGGUGCGCAUGCAUACAAUAUGUUGAAGGUGUGCAUAUGAUACCUGGAGUGCGUGCACAUGUGUAUGUAUGAUUUAUAUGUUUGGGGAAAUGAGGAGGGCCGUCACAGGACAUGGACUGUUAGGUUUGCUUUUAUAUAUAUAUAAAAAUUAUUUAAUGACUGAUGAAUGAAAGGUUUUUUUAUAUAUAUAAAGUAGUUUUCUUUUAAAAGCUGUUCAUGCAACACUCAAGAGGAACAAACCAACAUUUGGGGACAAUGGAAUGUAUUAAAAAGAUGAAUUGCAUACAUGAAGGCACUGAUUCAGUGAGUCAAAAAAAAAAAAACCUUGAAAUUUUGAAAUCUAAAUGCAAGCUUUAUUCAUAAAGUCUUGCACU